CAAAGGCUCAUAACAUGCACUUUUUUACCCUCCAGAUGUGGUGUCGCUCUCUGUUGCUGUUGCGUUAAUGGUUUUCUUGAUUAUCGUAGCAUUUAUUCUGUUUUCGAUCAUAAUAAGAAGAUACAGAAAGAACAGACUAGGAAGGUCGCGUGGUGCAAUGUACACGAAUUCAAACGAAUAUGUGAUGCAUCAAUUCGGUACAUCAGAUGUCCCAGAGCAAGAUGGCUACAGACGGCAGGAAAAAGAAAAUGGCGACCGAGUUAUUGAGAUAACGAUGGAAGAUGCUGCAACAUCUAACGAUUUUAAAUACCAUGAACAUAAAGAUGAUAUAUCAGUUGGAAACAACGACUAUGUCCAUGCUGGAUAUGAUAAUGAAGGAGCCGAUUUAGAGAACGGAGAACAUGGAGGUGCUACUGGGGGCUACUAUGUUGAUGCCGAGGUUGAAAACAGAAGCAAUAGAAUGAUCGAUAUACAUGAUCAGGACGACCUAGAAGAAGACGAAUUUGGAUUGAAUCGUAAAUCAGCCAAAGGCAAGAAAAAUAAAAGCUCGAAGAAAAAAUCGAAGUUUAAAAAAUCUUCAGAUAAAUCAAAACAGAAAGGAUCGAAUAAGGUAAAGAAACAACAAGAUUCUGAACCCCAGGCUGUGAAAGAGGUAGAGGAUGAUGAUGUCAGUGCCUUGAACACACAGGUAAACAAGAAACCUACUAAAACGGACGAGACUUUUCUCAAAUCUUCUAACAUGUCUGCUUCGACAGACGGAUUGUACCAAUCUAUGGAAGAACUUAAUGAUACAACCAUAACCGAAGAGAGCCCGAAAACUGAAAACAAACUUUCAAGUGAAGAUAAAGACGUGGUUGCAAACACAGAGAGUGUAUACGCACAGGUUGACAGAGAACAUCUUGCUACGAAGAAAAGGCAGAAACAACACGUCUCGCAAUCCCAUGUAGCAGAUGGUUCUCAAAAACACAUCAACAAUCUUUCGCCAACAGGAAGUCAUACAACAGGUUCAGAUGAGGGCUAUGGUGAAGAAAUCGAAGCAGCAGUCUAAAUACGUUCGCUGGAUUUUUUUUUUCAAUGACGACUUCGUUCUUGAAUAUGUCUAAAUAGGGUUUAUAUAUCUUCCAUUAUACCAUAAUUUCAAACUUGGAAUAUUAACCCGGAGCACGCUAAAUGGGAAAAUGUUUGAAAGAGUACACCUAUUUCUAUUUGUCGGAUUGAGUGUGGUUAGAAUAAUAGACCGUAUAGGCUUACUGGUCUCUAAAAAAUAUAAGCAUACCGUAACAAAUAUUACUGUAUACUAUAGCAAAAUAUAAUUGUAAAUAAAGUUAUAUGUCUAUAUUUUAUUUAUUUUUAUACACAAAAUGUAGCCCUGUUAGUGAAAAGGAAUAUAAAACAUAAUUUUGGAGUAGCAAUUGAAGAAUAUUAAUAUGGUUAUGUGUGAGUGUGUUUAAUAAUCUAAAAUAAUAAAACUAGAGCAAAUAAUUGGUGUUGGUAUGAAAUAUACUGCAUUUAUGGACAUGGGUUGCCAAUAUUUUAUAUAUAUAUAUAUAUAUAUAUAUAUAUAUAUAUUAAAUAGGCCCACAUACCGUAGGCCCUAUAUA